AUGCACAACGAUAAGUAUACCCCCGAGAUGACGGUAAGUGAGUUCAGCACGUCGCAGGAUGUGCAUGCCUUUCAAAAGGAAGUCGCGCUCCAAAGACUAUCGACGAUAGCUCUUCAGCAAGCUCGUAGAAAUGUGAUCUUCGCCGGUGACGCGUCAGCGAACGAGAAUGCUAUUGAGGAAACGCGAAAGCAGUCCGCCAGCAUAUUCUUACAAAACCUGGAUAGGCUCUCCAAGAUGGAAAUUACGGAUGAAACGAUUGAUACCGAGCUUAAGGAUACGGAUGAGCCAGACUCCGCAUUCGAUCCUCUUUUAGAAAUAUCAAAAGAUGAGGAAUUUAUAGAAACGAACGAAUGUAGAAAUACAAUCGCUGAGUCCGCUAUAUUUAAGCCAUUGAGUGUACCAGCUACAUCGGACAUGGCUACGCAUGACAUACAACGUAAGUCGUUACGCAUAGACGGAGCCGGAACAUCCGUCGAGCCCCUUUCAGCCGGAAGCACAUUUUCGAGAGCGGAAGCCUCGGAAAAUAUCGGGGUGCAAAGUAUGCAGAUGGAUAUACCGCCGAUUGACUCCUUCACGCCGCUGGAAGCGGGCGCUAUUUCGUGCGUGCUUGAGGAAUGUGUCGAGCAACUCGCUACGUUCGGCUUCAUAAUACCGGCCGAUGUCGAUUCACGCUGGGACGACACGUUUAAGACAAUCGACGAGACCUACGGAGUACCCGAUGAGCCCAGGAUGAUCUUCAGAGAAGACUUGGGCUUGUUGCCGCUCGUACCUAACACGGAUGAGAAAAUGCAGAGGGACAGGAACUACGUGCAGAAAGUUCUCGAAAAAGUUCUCCGCGACGUGAGGAACAACCGAAGAUUCGACAGCCUGCAGGAAGAAAUUAAUAAUAUCGCCAAGAGGCAGGAAGGUGAGCACAAUCUCGAAGUGAACGCGCAGAUAUGGCACAGCCAAGCCGAGCAACUUCGGGACUUGUUGGAGUCCGAUAAGAAAGCGAACGAAGAGGACAGGAAGGAGAUGAUGAGUCUCGCUCAGGAAAGCGACGCGCGAGUCGACCACGCGAUAUUCUUGAACAGCGCGAAACUAAGUUACGCGGAAAGAUGGGCGAAGGCCAAGUUGGAGCAGCAGGAGCUCAAGCUGAAGCUGCGAAAGACGGACAUGCUGAACGAGCUGAGCGACUGUACGAAGGAGUACAGCGCGGAACAGGUUGUCUCGGCGGAAAUGACCGCUUACUUAGAGGCAGAUAUCAGGGUUAAAGAAAAGCAGGUGGUCGAGUGGACGAAAAGGUACAACGAGGAAGUCGCGCAACUACAGUGGGAGAUAGACGAGCUAAAGAGAGAAGUGGAAGAACAGAAAUUUGAGAUAGGAGAAAUGCGCGCUUUAAGGGACAGGCGACAAGAAUUCAUUGACGAGUGCGUCGCUGAAGAAAAGAGAUUGCAGGAAGAAGCGAGGUAUUGGAAGAAACUGAAUAAAGCAGCGACUAUCAUUCAGGCGAUGUGGAAAGGCUACAUGGUGAGACGCAAAUUAGAGAACUUGCGGGAAAAAAUGAAGAAUCGUAAGAAAUUGAAAAGAGCGAAAAAAGCGCACGUUAAGAAGAGAUGAAAAGUACGCCAGACUCGCAAACAUUUCAUAAAAAAAGAGGACUUUUAUGCCUGAGCAAACGACAGAAAGAGAAUUCGGUAUUUUUUUUAUAUAUAUUUAUACUUCGCAUUUUGUCAAAGAGAGACUCCGUCUUCUACACAUAC